CGGCUGGCGACGUCAAAGCUUUUAAGGGAAUCAGAGAUUUCAGUUAUUUAGCUGAUUGUUAAUCGGAAAGGGUUUUCAGAGAGUAGAGGCCAUGGUGCUCUUUCCGUCGCUUUUUGAUGGAUUGGCGAGAAGUGUAUCGAUUAAGAAAGGGAGGAAUCUGGGUCGGAGUGAUGUUGGAAGGGAAGCUGCAGACGCCUUAGCAAAAGACGCGAAGAAGAAUGAGUUGAUGCGGAGUUCGUCCGGCGUUGUCAAGUCCAAUAAGUCUGAUAAUUUUGCCUCUGUUUGCUCCAAGCGAGGGCAGAAAGGAAUUAACCAGGAUCGCACAGUUGUUUGGGAGGAAUUUGGAUGCCAAGAAGAUAUGAUCUUCUGUGGGAUUUUUGAUGGGCAUGGACCUUGGGGACAUAUUGUAGCUAAAAGGGUGAGGGAAUCAGUGCCCUCUUCUUUGUUGUGUAACUGGCAAGAAACUGUUGCUUUAACCUCACUUGAGCCCGAUUGGGACACGGAGUCGGAUAGGAACCUUAGACUGUUUGAUGUGUGGAAACAAUCUUACUUGAAAACAUAUGCUGCCAUAGAUGAAGAGCUUAAGCAGCAUCGCAGGAUUGAUUCAUUUCACAGUGGUUCCACGGCUUUGACAAUUGUUAAACAGGGUGAACAUCUUGUGAUAGCAAAUGUUGGUGAUUCUCGAGCUGUUCUGGCAACAACCUCUGAUGAUGGCAACUUAGUACCACUUCAACUUACGGUUGAUUUCAAGCCUAAUAUCCCUGAGGAAGCUGAGAGAAUAACAGAGUCCAAAGGGAGAGUGUUCUGUUUAAGAGAUGAACCAGGAGUCUAUAGGGUCUGGAUGCCAAAUGCAGAGACACCAGGAUUAGCAAUAUCAAGAGCCUUUGGAGAUUACUGCGUAAAAGACUUUGGACUCAUUUCUGUGCCUGAUGUUACCCAAAGAAACAUAACAAACAAAGACCAGUUUGUCAUUCUAGCCACAGAUGGGGUAUGGGAUGUGAUUUCCAAUCAAGAAGCAGUGAAGAUUGUUUCUUCAACAGAGGAUAGAGAAAAAUCAGCCAAGAGAUUGGUGGAAUUUGCUGCUCGUGCCUGGAAAUAUAAGAGACAAAGCAUUGCAAUGGAUGACAUGUCAGCUAUCUGCCUCUUCUUCCACCCAAAGCCAUUUAAGCACCCCAACCCCAUCAUCAAGGUUUCUAAAGAAGGCCACCAUGAGUAAAGCUGGAUAACAAGGCUGGUUUUCCAUAUGUGUAUAUACAACCUUCGUUUCAAAUGGUGCUGUUGUAAUUGUUGUGUACACAUAAGUAAAUCGAUAGUUUGCGGGUUUAUACAGAAGAAAAUGGUGCAAUAAAAUCUCAUUUUGUUUAAAGUAGAUGCUCUUCAAUAUAUGAAGAAAAUGUAAUUGACAUGUGUACAUUACUGAUAAUCAGAUAUGUAGCCUUAUAAAGUUAUAAUAAUCUUCAAAAUGGCUUGCUCUGUUAUUGGAUAUGUUGAGGAUUGUUAACCGUAAAAAUAGAGUAGAUGGUGUGAGACCAAGAUCUUUAUUGAUAGAGAGUGUUUACAAUAGAGGGAGAAUAAUAGUGGAAAAUAAUCUACCUCCUUAGGUUGAUCCUAGAGGUAUUUAUAGGAUGCUUAGAUACAGUUAUUCUAGAAAUACAAUUUUAUUUAAUUGGUGUUUGGGUAUUCUUAUCCUAUCAGGAUUUAUUCUAUUCUUAUAUUGAUAGGAUUGUCUCUAGAUUGUCUACACGUGUCCUAAUUAUUAUAGG